AAAACUGUAAUAAAGAAAAAGAAUCCUUGAAAAAUACAAACAAAAAAUUAAAACAAGAACUAGAAAAUUGUAAUAAAGAAAAAGAAAUCUUACAAGAUAAAAAUAAAAAACUCGAAGAUGAAAUUAACAAACUAAAAGAAAAUGAACCAAAUGAAAACCUCAUAAACGAAAAUAAAGAAUUGAGAAAAGAAUUAGAUAAAUAUGCAGAGGUGGAGGAAGAGGCGGAUAGAGACAUCCAAAUAAUUCGUGAAUUAGAAACCCAAUUAUCUAAAAUAACAAAAAAUAGAGACAAUUGGAAAAAACAAUCUGAAGAAUGGAAAAAACAAGCAAAUGAAAUGGAAGAACAAUUAAAAGAAUGUGAAAAAUAUAAAAAAGAAGUAGAAGAUAAAAUUAAUAAAAUUAUGAUAACUCAUCUCAACAUAAGUAGAAUUGAAAUCGAAAAAUUAACCACUAUUAGAAAAUUAGAAACAAUCUUAAACUUCAUAAAACAAGAAGUAAAAGAAUGUUUAAGGUUACUUGGAAUCCCUUUUCAAACUGGUGAUAGUUUGAUUUCUAUGCUUAAAAAAUUAGUAAAAGCCUGUGAAGAAAUUGGAAUAACUGGUCCUGUUCAAGAAAU